AUAUAAUAUAUAUAUAUAUAUACAUAUGGAGCAUCAAAAGAGUCCAGUGGAUGCUGAAAAAGAGGCCUCUCGGCCUUUAGCUGAUUUUCCGGCUGGCACCGGCGAGGAUUUCUUGUCGGCUGCUCUCAGCCUUUCUUCGGACACAGACCAUUCGGCAAGAGAGGCGUACAAGGAGAGGCUGAGUUCACUGAAGGAGCAGGUGAAGGGAUUGUUUACGGCUUCGAAAGCUAACCAUAUCGAAAGCGUCAAGUUCAUCGACACGUUGUGUCGCCUCGGUGUGUCGUACCACUUCGAGAAAGAAAUCGAGGAGCAGUUGGGGAAGGUAUUCGUUAGUAGUGAUUUUCACGGCAUCAUAAGGGGCGACGAAUGCGAUUUGUGUACGGUCGGGCUUGCUUUCCAGGUCUUCAGGCAAUUCGGCUUCAAUCUCUCCGCCGAUGUGUUCGACAAGUUCAAGGACGGGAAAGGGAAGCUGAAGGGGAAUCAUGGAGCAGAUGCAGAGGGAAUGCUGAGCUUGUACGAGGCUUCACAGUGGAGAACCCACGGUGAAGAUUUUCUAGACGAAUCUGCUGUUUUCUCGGCGACGAUUUUGGAUGGACUAGCUUCUCGAUGCAGCCUCCAUCUGGCAACACGCAUCAAGAAUGCUCUGAAACAUCCGUAUCAUAGAGGUGCCCCGAGGAUAGAGACGAGACAAUACAUCUCGUACUACGAAGAAGAAGAGAUGCGUGAUGAAACAUUGCUCGAAUUCGCCAAGGUUGAUUUCAACGUAUUGCAACUCCUACACCUUGAAGAGCUUGCCCUUGUGUCCAGGUGGUACAAAGAUCUAAGGAUUGAAUCGAAGGUACCGUACGCGAGGAGGAAUAGGACGGCUGAAGCCUACUUCUGGGCGCUCACUAUAUAUUUCGAGCCACGGUACUCACGGGCACGGGUCACAAUGGCCAUUACAUUGCUCGUAUUGACACUCGUCGAUGACACAUAUGACGCAUACGGCACUAUACAAGAACUUAAACUCUUCACAGAUGCAUUGGACAGAUGGCUUGCAGAUGCACCAUACCAACUACCAGAUAGCAUAAAGCACGUCUAUCAUAUCAUGGUAGAUUUUUACGACGGAUUGGAGAAUGAGCUAGAGAAGGAGAAAGGAAGAUCGGGCUGCGGAUUCCAUCUGAAAAUGUCGAUGAAAAUACUCGGAAAGAGCUACUAUCGAGAGGCAAAGUGGUUGGAAGAAGAUUACGUAGCGACGUUCGACGAAUACAAGGAGAACGGAGCUUUUUCGUCGGGCGCCUAUGCGGUGGUGGCCGCAAGCUUUGCGGGGAUGGUUGAUUUCGGCAAUCUUGAAGCCUUCGAAUGGCUAAGCUCACGCCCUAAGCCUCUCCAAGCCGCUGAAACUAUCAUGAGAUUCAUGGACGACAUUGCUGGCCACGAGAUGGAACACAAGCGGAAACACGUGGGAACGGCCAUUGAUUGUUACAUGAAGCAGUACGGCGUUUCCAAGGGCGAAGCCACGGAAGAGAUCCGAAACAUGAUAUCGGAUUCGUGGAAGGAUCUGAAUGAAGAACUUGUGACGAGGCCUCACACUGUGCCUUUCCCUCUUCUGAUGCGAAUUCUGAAUAUAUUGAGGGGUACUGAAGUGUACUACAAGUACGGUGACGGGUACACCGAGCCGGAGCGCGUGAAGGAUUACAUCGUCUCUUUACUCGGACAAAACAUACCCAUCUGAGUAUUUAUCAAUGUCUUUUUUUUUUUACGAUAUGAUUUUGUAUUAAUAAUAUAAUAUCUGAAUUUUUUUUUUUUUUUUUUUUGGUACGAUGGGAAACCCCUAUCCUACAACCCUUCGGUGUCCGGACCUGAGAAAACCCACCGCCCUACGCAGUAGCCGGCAAACCACGCAGAGCAGUCGGAUUUGGAAUGAGACGUGGUUAUCAGCUUUCUUUUACAAACCGUGCAAUUAUGAAUUAAGCAAUCUCUCGACAUGGAGAUGGCUAUUAUCAUGGCAAGGGAUGCGGGCAUGGAUUGGAUACUUCAUCUUGACACUGACGAGUUAAUAUACCCAGCUGGUGCUCGUGAGUACUCAUUGAGGCAGUUGCUGCUCGAUGUCCCUCCAAAUGUUGAUAUGGUUAUAUUUCCAAAUUAUGUGGCUUCCUGAUGCACCCUAAACACUACCGGAUGGCAUGAAGCACGUCUAUCAUAUUAUGAUAGAUUUAUUUGACAAGAUGGAGAAGGAAAUGGAGAGGGACGGACGAUCAGGUUGUGGAUUCCAUCUGAAUUCGUCGAUGAAGAUUCUUGGGAAGGGCUACUUUCAAGAGGCAAAGUGGUUGAGCGAGGAUUAUACUGCGACGUUUGAGGAAUACAUGGAGAAUGCAGCUGUUACAUCCGGUUUCUAUCCAGUGAUAGCCGCAUGCUUUGCGGGCAUGGUUGAUGAUGGCAAACUCGAGUGCUUUCACCACCCGCCCUAAACUUCUCAUAGCUGCAGAAACUAUCAUUAAAAUUUAAAAUUGUGAUUUCACCACCCGUUUUAACGCUUGCCUAAGCAAGUGGGUUUUGGUGUGGUUUUGAUUGUGAAAUAGUUAAUUAAAUUUAAAAUAAUUAUAGGCGACAAAAAAAAUUAAGUAA